AGUAUUACAACUGGGUAGUCCUCUUUGCUUCUUUUACUUUUUUCUGGUUCGCUUUCUUCCACUAUUAUUACGACAAUUUACACUACCAUACCACACUAUCGCCGCCAUGACUUCCGCCCCAGAUUACAAGAUUGAGUUUACGACCUUCCAGAACGUCAUCGACAAUGAAUUGACCAAGACGGCCGAAACCCGACGCACCGUCUGCUCCAGCACCGAGGAGCUUCUCUGGGAGAGCCCCGUCUCGACACAAGCAGAUGUCGACAAGGCAGUCAGCGGCGCAAAGGCUGCUUACCCUGCCUGGCGCAAACUGUCGCAGGAUGAGCGCGCCGACUACAUCAACAAGUUCGCCGAUGCCAUUGAGGCCAACCAGCAACAGUUCGUCGAGCUGCUGAGCAGGGAGGCUGGAAAGCCGCCGCAAGCUUCAAGUUUCGAGGUCAGCGUGGUCUUGGCCCUCGCGCGCGAGACGGCCAAGCUGCGACUGAAGGAGGAGAAGCCCGAGGACAACGCAGACCGAACGGCCAUUGUUCGCCACGUCCCUCUCGGUGUUGGCGUUGGAAUCGUGCCCUGGAACUUCCCCAUGGCGCUGGGCGUUGGCAAGCUGUUCCCUGCCCUCCUCGCCGGAAACACCUUCGUCUGGAAGCCGUCACCAUACUCGCCCUACUCAGCCCUGAAGCUGGCUGAGAUUGGCGCCAAGGUGCUCCCCGUGGGUGUGUUCCAGGCUCUCAGCGGUGAGGACAACCUCGGACCCAUGCUCACUGCGCAUCCCGAUGUGGCCAAGGUCAGCUUCACCGGCUCCACCGAGACUGGUAAGCGAGUCAUGGCUUCAUGCGCUGCGACCCUGAAGCGUGUCACUCUGGAGCUUGGUGGAAAUGACGCCUCCAUUGUGAUGCCUGAUGUCGACAUCGACACUGUUGCUGCAAAGGUCGCCUUCCUUGCCUUCGCCCACACAGGUCAAGUCUGCAUGAGCAUUAAGCGAAUCUACGUGCACGAGAGCAUCUACGACAAGUUCCUCGCCGCCCUGGUGUCUGUGGUCAAGCAAUUGCCCAUUGGCGACUACACCGACGCCCAAGCCGUCCUCGGCCCUGUCCAGAACAGCAUGCAAUUCGGCAAGCUUCAAGAGCUGUACGCGCAGAUUGACAAGGAGGGCUGGAAGGCUGUUCUUGGCGGCGCGCCGGAGAAGAAGGAGAAGGGUUUCUUCAUGCCCCCGACCAUCAUCGACAACCCCCCAGAGGACUCCCGCAUCGUUCUCGACGAGCCUUUCGGCCCCAUCGUGCCCGUCCUGAAGUGGUCCGACGAGGACGACGUGAUCCGCCGCGCCAACGGUACCAACAUGGGUCUCGGCGCCUCAGUCUGGGGUACUGACGUAGCCCAUGCCCGGCAAGUCGCCGAGCAGCUGGAGGCUGGAAGCAUUUGGGUCAACACUCAUUUCGAGGUUGCUCCCAACGUUCCCUUCGGCGGUCACAAGCACAGUGGUAUGGGCAUGGACUGGGGUGAUGUUGGUCUGCAGGGCUGGUGCAACCCCCAGGCUUACUGGGUCAAGCAUACAUAGAUUUGAGCCGAUUAGUGUUUAGUGUAACCCAUAAGUUAGCGACGCCAGUCUCCAGUCAGCACUCAUUCUUCAUUAAGUUGAAUUGAAUUCCACCGUUGGCACUAUGAUUCGUGAUUUUACGAUGCAAGAUCAACAUUCCGUCACUUAUCAUUCCAGAGUUCUUAAAUGAAUGUUAGAAUAUGCUUUUACACUCAUUCGUGGUCAUUACAAUAGACAACCUAC